CCCGCCGCCUCCUCCGCCCGCCCCCAGCCAAGAGAAACAAAACAAAACCCCGGCACCGCCACGUUCUCCCUCCUUCUCCUCUUGGCAUUUGGUGGUGGUGUUUUUGUGUUGGUUUUUGGUUUUUUUUUAAUUAUUUUUUAUUUUUAUUUUUGGGGAUUCUUCUUUCUCCUGCCAGGCUGACUUGCACCUUCUUGAUAAUUUCUCUUCCCCUCGUUUUUUUUUUUUUUUAUAUAUACUCUUCUCCCUGCUUUCAAACCCUGUGUCUGUGUGUUUCAAUACUAUCACCUCUGCUAAAAAUAGAUCUUUUUAUAUACCCUUCCUCCUCUCUGACCCCAUCCAACACCCCUUGUUAAGGAAACCAUCUUAUACCCAGAGCAAGAAACGUAAUUUCCUUUGGCUGUCCCUACUCUCUAAGGGAUUUCAUGCAUGAGUGGACUAGAGUAAGGGAAGACAGAAAAAAACUCCAAAGACCCACAGAUCAUCUUGCUGGCAGGGGGUAGUGGAAUAUUCUGUGGGAAACAGAACUCUCUCACUGCUGUCUUUCACCACCAGCCAGUGUUACAGGAGAUCUUCAGCUACCGUAAUUUAUCAGUUUGGCUUGGUUUAUUUUGAGGGUUUUUUUGCCAGAGAGGAUCCAGCUGAGGUGUGGAACAGCUUCUGGGGCAAAAGGUCAAGUUUUCUUCAGGCUGAGGUGGGUUUGUGGCUCAUGGACCUCUACUGAGGUAGAGCAUACUCAACACCUUUAGAUACCUUCCUUGAGACUGCAGAGUGAAAGCAAAAGCUGACCAAGUGCAGCAGUUUUUUAAGUCUCACCAGUCUUCUGACAAGUUGAUUAAGUGAAUAGAAAUACAAAGACGAAAAACGAAGCUGGUUUCAAGUAUUGGAGAUACGAGGCCAGGAUGAAUACGAAGGACGCAAAAGUGUCUGAAGGAGGUCUCAAUGUCACGCUUACCAUACGCCUUCUCAUGCAUGGCAAGGAGGUUGGAAGCAUUAUCGGAAAGAAAGGAGAGACAGUUAAGAAGAUGAGGGAGGAGAGUGGUGCUCGAAUCAAUAUUUCAGAAGGUUCCUGUCCAGAGAGAAUUGUGACAAUAACAGGCCCGACAGAUGCAAUUUUUAAAGCUUUUUCUAUGAUUGCACUAAAAUUUGAAGAGGACAUAAAUGCUUCAAUGACAAACAGCACGGUGACAAGCAAACCUCCUGUAACACUGCGGCUCGUUGUCCCGGCAAGUCAGUGUGGAUCCCUUAUAGGAAAAGGAGGUUCCAAAAUCAAAGAAAUCAGGGAGUCCACAGGUGCCCAGGUGCAGGUAGCAGGAGACAUGCUGCCCAACUCGACGGAGCGCGCGGUGACUAUAUCGGGCACUCCCGAUGCCAUCAUCCAGUGCGUGAAGCAAAUAUGUGUGGUUAUGCUGGAGUCCCCACCCAAAGGUGCCACCAUCCCUUACCGUCCCAAACCUGCCUCUGCACCUAUCAUUUUUGCAGGUGGCCAGGUAAGAGCAGACACCAUUUUGGCUUCAGCUGGAAACCACACCGUCUUGGCCCAACCUCAGCCAGCGCCUGCAUUCACAAUUCAGGGGCAGUACGCCAUCCCUCAUCCAGACUUGACCAAGCUUCACCAGUUGGCUAUGCAGCAUCCCCCCUUUACUCCCCUUGGGCAGACCACCCCUGGUUUCCCUGGACUGGAUGCCACCACUCCAACCAGUUCCCAUGAACUUACUAUUCCCAAUGAUUUAAUAGGCUGCAUUAUUGGCAGACAAGGCAGUAAGAUAAAUGAAAUCAGGCAGAUGUCAGGAGCGCAGAUCAAGAUUGCUAAUGCCACAGAAGGCUCCGCAGAACGACAAGUUACAAUCACAGGAUCCCCUGCAAACAUCAGCUUAGCACAGUACCUCAUUAAUGCAAGCUUAGAGAUGGCUAAAGUCAGCACCCAGACCGCUUCCGUCACGACCCCUGUUGACCUCAACAUGAACCUCUCUCAGUCUGCCACCCCUACCUCCACCCCCACCUCCAUGGCCGUGCUGGCGGCCGCCUCCGCCGUUACCGUCAGUACCCCCCCUCCCCUACCAACUCUGCCAACCACCCACUAUGCCGUUCCUGUCUCCAGUCUGCUUGGCAUGAAAACUGUCCCACUCCUGGCACUAAAUGCCGCGGCCGCCGCGGGGGCCACGGGGAGUUUGUCCGCUUACACUGCCAAAAUUCCUUCGACGAGCGGGGUUAAGAAAUCUGACCGCCAGAAGUUUGCUCCAUAUUGAAGGGAUGAGACACAAUGCAAGCUUUGCCAGCUCUACCAAGAGUCUCUGGUAGAUCCUAGUUAUCAAGGAAACAAUACGGCAUCUUUUAUUUUCUGUUCAAUUGCUAGUGUUAACUGUUGCCGACUCAAGUCGUCUUCCGCUCUCCAUAAUGACUAACACCCGGGCACCACCUACCAACUAGUUCCAACAGCGGGCGGGCGCCAGUGCCGGGGGCUUUCCCCCACCCCUGACCCCGUCCCUCCUUUGAGGCCGUGGCCAGGGCUGGCCCCCCGGCCACCCCACAGCAGGGCAGGGCCGCCCCCACCUCGGCAAGGGAACACCCGGGGAGAAAGAUGAAAGAGAAAUUAGGCAAAAUGUUGACGGCGCCGGCAGUACCGCCUGGCACGUCACUACACUUGCAUCCGUAUUGAGUGGCUCCCUCCAGCUACUGACUCAGGAAAACUGGCACCUCUGAUGAGUUUUUCUAGUGCUAGAGUCUGCAAAUUUGGCAAUUCCGAUGUUGGCUGGUGCCCCUGAAAUCCCAUGUAAAGCAGUGUCCGUGUCCCCCCCACCCCCGGCCCAGUCAUUCUGCUGCUUCCCGCAGGCCUGAAGACUCCCAUCUUCCCUGCCCCAACACCUGCCUGGAGCAGGAGAUGGGGGCUAGAAAGUACCAAACCUCAGGUACCUCUGCGUACAACGCAUCAAGCUUACUGGUCCAAGAAAAACUCCUGAAUUAAAAUAAUUGAAAGGCAACAUGAAAAAGUACCAGGCACCUGUGCCUUUGCACUGGCUUCCUUUUAAAGGAUGCAACAGUUUUUCUCUGGUUUGGAAAAAACCAUCAUUUUAAGAACUCCUCUGUAGGAAGGGAGAGCAGGCUCCUCCUUUUGCACUCAGAUACUUUACUUUUAUAUACACUGACAAAGUACUUAUUUCUGUAAGUACUUAAAGAGAGCUGCAAACCAGACGUGUACAGUCACUAUUCUGAUACCCCCUUCUGCCUGUUUUUUCCUCAGCCAAAAUACCCGUUUUUUAUUAGGUUUCUCUAAAUACAUCUCUAACUCACCCCUAAUCACGCAAUCAGAUUGUAUUCUAAUUAUGAAUAAAAGGUAGUACAUGUCAAAGGACAUUCAGAGGUUGCUGCCUGGACAGAGAAGACCAUCCUUUUAACAAGAGCUUAAUGAUGUUUAGAUGAACUAAACCAAGACAUUUAUUUGCAGCCACACUGAAGAGAGCUGGGUGAUGUAAUGGCUGGCUGCUAGCUGUUGGAACUAGUUUUUAACGGCAUUUUCUGUUUGUCCAUCCACCUUCUUUUUAAUUUCUGUUGCAUAACUCAGUAAUGCAAUAUUGUUUUCCUCACCACUUCCAAAUCCUGAAUCCCAUUAGCCCGCCAUGUUCAUCCACUUUGCACUCCUUGGACACAAAGCUUUAACAAUUAAACUGUAUUCAGUGCAUUUUAAUAUAAACUAAAAACACAAUGCAAAUGCAAUACUUUUAAAAACAUGGUAUUUCAAAGUGUGUUGUUACUAUUAUUGUAUAGGGCUAAGUACUAUCUCAGUAUUUUGUGUCAUUUCUGUAUUCUGUGGGCUUUUCUUCACUUUAGUAGCUCUGCACUAAGUUCUGUCACUGUAACCAUUUGUAGAACUGCCAUUGUUACAGUUUGCACCUAUCCGAGUGGGGUUUUUGGUUGGUUUUGUUGGGUUUAUUUUGUUUUGUUUUGUUUUGUUGGGGUUUUUUUUUUUUGUUUAUUCGUUUGUAUAUAAUGAAGGAAAAACUGGAAACAAUGUCAAGGUACCUCAGCUAUUUGACAGCUUUAGAAAACUGCUGUAAAAUUGUUCUGGACUAUUGUAACUGUUUCAAUAACUGACACUUAAGAAAAAAAAAAACAACACACCACCAUCUCUCUGUGUGAGAAAACUUGCCCACAUUGAAAUGCUGUUCUGUGCUGGUUGUGCUCAAGUGUUAUUUUUUUAAUAGUGAGAAGAUUUUUUUUUCUUUUGCCUUUUUUUUUUUUCUUUUUCUUUUCCUCGUUUUUGUUCCUACAUUUUAGGCUGUCUUCAGAAGUUACUGGCCUGGGGGCUCUGUAAUGUAUCUCAUCAUGCCCUAGUGCAUUAGCCACCAGACAGGACUUUUCCAAAGCCCCAUGAGACAAUGCUUUCUAUGGACUAAUCUACAGAGGAGUUUCUGCCAUUUCUAACUUUCUUAUUAUUCUGAGACAUCAAAAGAAAAUAAUUCUUUUACUCUUUAAGCAACUGUGCUUCCUAACUCUUGUGUUGCUUCAUUACUGUUCCAGUUUUAACACUGUUGUGGCUCAUAACAUAAAGCAAAGAAAAGUUAUUUUCGGGAGUUAAUUUUCAUUGAUGUUCAUGCUUUGGCUAAUCUGUAUAAAAGCAUGGGCUGUUAGUGUUCUAAACCACUGUGUUCAGCUAGAGACGACAGUAAAUUAAAUGAGACGUUUUUAUAAAUAUUUUUUUUUUCUGAUUUAAAAAAGAACAAACAGACGUGGUAGCUUUGUGCAUACAACUGUUGUGUUGUUUAAACUUUGUUCUUUGUAACCAAGUUGCUAAUUUGUCAUUUGAGAAACACUAUUUUAUGGAUUGUCAAACUAAGAUCAUAGAUAAAUUGCUUGUUUUCAUUAAUGAUUAAAGGUUUCAUAUCAUCACACUUAAGGUCCCAGUGCUCAUUGGGAAAAAGUGUAACAACUGUGCAAUACUGGCAAUGUUAGAAAGCAUGUUAGUCCAUUGUCAGGGAUGAGGAGGCUAUUUAUUAGAUGGAGAGAGAUUGUGCAAUUAGUGAGCAGUACUUCUGCAAAACCUUGUUCGGGUUUUAACAAGGUUGCUCAUGUGGAGCUUUUCACACUGCAUAGAAAAGACAGAAUUUGGCUUCUUGCUACAAGAAGCCCCUGGUUUGUCUCUCAUGUUUUCCCAAACUGCUUUUAAGAUCAGAUACUGGGGAAAGAAAAACAGGAGCAAAAGAACAAACCUGGAUACUGUGUACAAUAUUAAUAAGAUCCUCCAUGUUUUCCCAUUCCCACAGGACUAUUCAGGAGUAGGGCUUCUAGACAGCACCUUUUACCCUCCCAGGAAACCAGCAGCUGGGAAGAGCAUCAUUACCAUU